AUGUUUGCAAAAGCUGCAGCAUCUGCUACAGCUCCUAUUGUUAAAGGGGGCGUCUAUCUCGACUCCUUCGAUGUUAAAUUGGUACAAUAUAGGGCAGCCAUUAACAAGCUCUCUGAAAUUGUGCGAGUACUGAAAAUCCUCGAGAAUAGUUUGAAUCGUAAGAAUGAAACUAGAGAAAUCAUCCCAUUAUUGAACUAUAUUUUGGCCUUAUGUCAAGGCCCAGCUUUCAAUGUGUCGCAAACCCUUCGCAAACGAUUGCAACUCUUGAGUGAAUUCAGGCUUUGCAAGUUAGGAGACGUGAACCCUACAGUGGGAAUUAGCCCGAUAGACCUUGGUCUUGAUCUUCCAGAAGUUUUGGAGGACAUUGAAGAAUACAAGGCCAAGGUAUAUGAUGCUGAUUUGCAAGGAAAAAUCUUGCAGUCUACUUUAAAGAUUUCUCAGAACGCACUUGUCAUAUAUAACCAGAAGUUCAAGCAGUGUACCAUGGAAAGGAAUUCGAGCAGGCCUACAGAUAUUUCCGGAAGACCUAUUUCUUUGGAGGAAAAAAGCUUUGACGAGCUACUUAAACCUAUCGAGAUAUCAAUAUCUCUGGAUUUAGCUGUUUUAAUCAAUAACUUCGAAGUGGAUACCUCUUUGAAAUCAUUUCGCAAACUGAAUUUUCAAGUGUUGGUCAAAUUCAAGGACUACAUUAAUGAAAAAGCUCUUCCGAGUAUUAAGGUAUACUAUACAUCCUUAUUCAGAUUUGCACGAGCAAAAACACUGAGUCAAGCGAAGGUCAUAAUGAAUUUACCUUACUGGCAAUAUACCAUGCACAGGAUAUAUGCUAUGUUGUUACGCAUCAAGUAUUUACAUGAUGUCAUAAAAACAUUGACAAGGCAAAUUUAUAUACCCAACAAGCCUUAUUUUCAUGAUCCAAAGAUCAAGCUCUUAGCAGAGAACGUAUUUGACUAUGAAGGGCUUUUGAAUGGGCUAGACUCUCUUUGUUCUCCUAUGGAUGGUUCAAUGGAGCUUGCUGAACAAUUAGAGUCAUAUUCUAAACAAGGAACCACGUUUGCUGUUCAACCGACGAACAUACUUAAUGCAUACAACAAUUCUGUGACUCCUGCUGUUCAAAUGUUGAGAUCAUAUAUGCAAACGAUUGAUUCUUGGGUAUCAAUGUGGAAAUUUAUAAAUCAGAACACUUCUGCUGUUACAAUCGAAGAGAUUGACCCUCAUGAGAUGAAAAAAAUGCUAGAAGAGAGACUGGUCAUUGACAAGUUGGACCAUGUGGAGAAGGAAAAGCAAAAAGAGCUUGCUAAAAAGCAAAAGCAAGAAAGCAUAAACGGUGGUACAUCAAAUGAAAAGGGUGUGAAGACCAUUUUUAGAAGAUCCUCUCUUAGGAAUUCAAGUACCUCUUCGAGCUCGAGCGUGUCAAACUCGCCAGGAAACCUUUCGCCUGCAAAAUUAAGCAGAUCAUCUUCGCAUGAAUUGAAACGUAUACCAACCUCACUUAAAUCGCAAUCUCGAAAUGGAAGCGGUUUAUCGUCACCAUUAGUUUCUAGGCGCGGGUCUGUAUCCGAAAAGGCUGCACGAUCACCAGUUAGCAAAUUGUCGUCUGAAAGAUCUGCACAAGCCGGAAAGGCUUCUUCACAUCUUAGUGAAGAAACUAGCAGACGCAAUGGUAGGAAACGUUCGGUAUCAUUACAAUCAUCUUCCGAGCCCCCCAAAAAUAUACCCGACAUAGAAAAAGAACGCUCUAAUUCUUUGCAAGCAAGUGCUUCGCUAAAUCAGCGAAUGGUGCAAAACGCUUUUUUGCAUCUUUCGGGGGAUCUAAGUGGAAAGGGAUUAGCCAGUGGUGAGGGAAGAUCUCGUCGCAUAUUAAAAACACCAGCUACUUCCAAGAAGCUACUUAGGUCAGGUUCGCCCUCUCCUUUGAGGCAUAAAAACUCAGUAAACAAAAGUCAAACAAAGACCAAGGACGAUAAUGAGUUACCAAAAAUUGACUCUUUGACUAUAGAUGAGGAGACUACGAAAGAAUUAGUUUCUGGGCAAAGCAGCACGUCUUUGAGCUGCGACGAGAAAGAAGCAGAUACAGGCUCGUCCAAUGAGAAGAGUGAGGAAGAUAGUGAUUCUGUUAUGCUGGACACAAAUGAACUAGUGAAAAAGGUGCGUUUCACUGGUGUACCGCCAAUGUCGAGCUCUGAGAAUCCUCGGCCCAAAAGAAAAGGCUGGUAUAAAAAGCCAGCAGUCCUGCAUUACCCACCACCUCCUCCCCAAUUUGCAAUUCAGCAGUACAAGUUAAGGCAAGAGGGUUUAGCUUUUAGGAAAAGUCUCCGAGAAGACGAGCAGGAAAAUACACCUCAAAGAAAGAAUUUGAUGUUCACAGCCAAUGAGUCACAGCAUUCGGGCCAUAAACUGGCAAAUAAACUUAGAGAUAAACUUGCUCGUUAA